AUGCAUUACUUGUCGGUCGCUGCUAUGACUCUGGUUGCUACGUUUGUAGCUCCAGUGGCUGCUGCCUCUCGAUGUGGUCCAGGUCGAGGUGUUUGCCCAGGUCGUAAAUGCUGUUCUGCUAGAGGAUUUGUAAGUAUAAUGGCUUUAUGUGCUAGCAAUUCACUCUAG